CGAAAUACAGAAUAGGGUAUGAACGACGUUUUUCUCCCUUCUCACUCAAAAUGAUAUCUGCGUUGAGACUUAUGCGAGAGUUAGGGUUUGCUUAAGUUAGCAUCCUUUUAUACAUAAGGAUGUCUAACGUAAGGCUUACAAGUGGGCUAAUGGGCUAAAAUACAUUUGUGGCCCAUAUUACACAUUGAGCUAAUAACUACACAAAUACAAAGAUAUUUAAUUGGAUUGGACACCAUAAAACUGAAGCUGAAAGGUGGGUCCCCAAGAUCAGACCCACCAAGCCUGAAACUGAAAGAUGAGUCCCCAAAUCAGACCCACCAAAACUAAAACCGAAAGGUGAGUUCCCAUGAAUAGACCCACCAAGACUAAAACAGCUAAGUGGGCUCCAAAACCAAGACCCACCGCAAAAGCCGCCACUGCUGUUUUAGAUGAGAAGGCACGAUCAGCUUCAAGAAUGCUUCAGUCUUUCAGUCCAUGGGAUUUUCGGUCAUGGCAGGCCCUUCGCCAACGGUUCUGGAAUAAAAAUUGGCCGCACGCUUUAACCCCAACAUUCGGAGAGGGGGAAGAAGCCAUUGCUUUGCGAUGCUAUUGCCGUCGAGCGCCAAGAAGAGGUGUCGGUCUUCAUCCGGUGGGGCAUGCAGAUUCAGGUCAUGUUGCGUGGCCAUUAACGGCGAUACUUGAAGUUGAGCCCCAGCAACCGAAGGAGCAAACUGCUUGUCGCGCUUAGGGGUUUCCUUGAGUUGCGAUGGCGACCAGCGCGGCGACGGAGUGGCCCUGAGCGGAGCUUGGAGAGGGUCGUUGUGACAGAGGUGAAGGAGCGAGCUGCUUGUUUCCGGACCAGGCUUCAACUUGGCUGCUUCCUCCGGUCAGCCGAGUCCCAGCUUCGAGCUUGGCAUCGACCUGCACGGCUACGACGGCCAUGAGCCGGAGCAACAACAACGAUGAUAUCUCCAACCACGGCCACAUCCAGGGUAAUGCCAAGGAAGCCUGAAGCAACGGUGGUGGGGUUCUGCGGAUAGUGCUCGCCGGCAGCUACUGUUGAGAUCUGGAAACUUCCAUAUCCGAAAUCGGUCCUGCUGCGCGCACCCCAUUCAUACUUGGUGCACCCAUCUUUCACCAUGCUCUGACAAUUUUAUCCUUGUGUUAAUUUUUUGUUACGUGAAUACGUAGUAAUAAGCAACGACGCCAAACAGCCCAAGCUUAUAACUUUUUCAAUUGAUCCACUCAACUUUAAAUUUUUUUUCCUACCAAAUGAAAAUUG